AUGACACUGCCGCCGGAGCCUCUUGAGGCUCAACCGGUCAGCCCUUCUGCGCUCAGCGACCUGUCAGCAGACCAAUGGGUGGACAGCCUGACAAAGGUGCUCAAGAUUCACACCCCAACUGGCGAGGGCAGGCCCAAGAAACUGAAGUCUCUGGAUGACAUUGCUAAUGUCGACCCCGCAUCUGGUGGUUCUCCCAAGGCGGUUAGGCUAACCAGCCCCAGGUCUUUGCUGGCAUGCUUGCAGACAGGGAUCGAUCCCAAGGAGAUAAUAUACAGGCCGUUCGAGGAGUUCGCCGAGAAAGGGCUGACGCCCGAGCUCCAGAAGCUCAAGUAUGAGCACUGCGAAGCCAAGCGCCAAGAGAAGCUGCAGCGGCUGCAACUAGAGCGGCGCAAGAUUAUGGAAAAGGACCAUGAGGCGGGGGGCGAGAGUGGCGCUCUGGGGGGCCUCCGACUGCCCGGGAGCCCGGGCAGCCCCCUGAGAGAAGAGGGCAAGAAAUCGCCCCAAUCGCCCUCCAUCCUGAACGCUCUGGGGGGGGCGGAUAUGGUUGAAAAGGAGGCGCGCCGGCUCGAGGUGCUGCAGCGGCGGCAGCAGCGCGAGCUGGAGCAGAUGAUCAACUACGAGAAGAAGCGCCAGAUGGUUUCGGAAGACGCCCAAACCAGGAUACAGGAGGAGAAGGACAGGCAGGAAGCGGAGAAGCAGGAGCGGCUGCGGCGCGAGCGUGAGUGGCAGGAGGAGCAGCGGCUGAAGGAGGUGGAGAAGGCGAAGCGCGACGAGGAGGCGGAACGGCGGAGCCGCGUUCUGGCAGCGGAACGGUACAAGCAGGACAUGGAUGCCGCGACGGUGGAGAAGGAGAAGCAGAAGCAGCGCCAGAAGGAGGCGGCGGAGCGCGAGCAGGAGCGGCUGCGCAAGCAGGAGGAGUUCCGCUUGCAGACGGAGAAGAUCCAGGAGGAGCACCAGAAAGCGAUCCAAAAGCGGCAGGCGGAGAUGGACGAGAAGGACCGCCAGCGACAGAUGCUCCUUGAGCAGCAGCGCCAGGAGAAGGCCAUCGCGAACGCUGAGGCGCGCCAAAAGGCCGCGGAGCGGCUACAAUCCGCGCUGGAGACCGGUCGCAGCAUCAUGCAGAAGAAGCGCGACGACUACAACGCCAAGCAACGAGAGGUCGCCGAGAAACAGAAGAUCAAAGAAGAGAGGUGGCGGCAGGAGGAGGCAAUCCGCAAGCAGAAGGAGAAGCAGAAGGAGCAGCAGCGGCAGCUGGUGUUCCAGGAGGCGAUGAGCGACCAGGAGAAGAGGAUACACGACCUCGUCAGCAAGGCCAACGAGGCGGACCAGCGACCAGGGGAAGAGAUACACGACCUGGUCAGCAAGGCCAACGAGGCGGACCAGAUUCUGGAGACCGUGCAGCGGCAGAAGAAGGAGGAGAUGGCGCGACGCGCGCUCGAGCGGCAGCUCAAGGCCGAGGAGAAGCGCGAGAAGGCGGAGCAGAUGAAGCGGAUGCAGGCGAGCGCCCAAACCCCACAAAAACCCCUUUGUUUACCGCGCCGCGGCCGCGGCCGCGCACUUGGUUUGCCAGCUGGUUUCGUUGAGGCGAGGGGGUUUGCAGGAGGGGCUAGAAGUGGUCCUGCGCUCGAAGACGUGAAUGGCUUUCCAGCAAUCGGUGGCAGCGCGCUUCGACACCUGGCGAAGCGAUAUGUCGAACAGAAGGCCUUCCACCGGGCGCAGAUGCUCCAGCGGAUCGAGGACGACACGGCACGCGCGCGCGCGCUCCUAGAGGCGCGCACGCACCUCCAGCAGCGCAGAAAAGACGCGAACGUGGAGGCGAGCCUGCAGAGGCAGCAGCUGCUCAUGCAGAUGGAGAAGCUGCAGAUCACCAAGAAAUGGUCCAAGCUCUCGGACGGUGCCCCGGACAGUCCAGGCGGCGACCACAUCCCCGGACGGACGUCCAACCGGUCGCCCGAAAAGGCCUCGUCUCGGACGGGCGCCAGCUCCAUCAGCCCACUGCGACAGUCUCGGACGCGGGCGGCGUGA